AUUUGAAAAAUGUAUUUACUCAUUUUCGACAUUCAGUAUGCAGCAACUGUUCUAUUUGGAGGCAACUUUUCUUUCGUAAUCACCAGCUUAUUUUCAUUUCUUUCAGGCAACGUUGUGGCCUUAAUUGCGCAAUUUCCGUAGCCACUUCACUUAUCGGCGCGCUACGCAUGGAGGAGAAGCUAGUGAAUGUUAUUUGCGCAGUGCUUUGCACACCGAUUGAGGAUUGGACAGAACUGAGUUGGGAGGAAUCAAUGUCGCCGGGCAUUGAUAUGCUCUACCAUUACGGUCCCUUAAAUCGCGUGAAGAACAAUGAAGGCAUAAAUGCGAUUGAAACAAAUGUGACGCACGCAAAUUUUGACUACAGUCGAUUUAGACGUCAUAUGCUCUCCAUAUUCGAACGCAUACAACGGGUGGCGGCUACAACAGAGCUAACAGCUGAAGAAUUAACUGCAGCCAAGGCGGAUGAACCAAAACUUGAGAAAGAAAGAGAAGUUGAUAUAAGUGGACUUAGUGAACUGCUUGAAGUAAUGCCCAGCGAACAGCGAUCCAACUUUGCCAAAUCACGUUUGGUCAGACGUAGCACAUUGGAGGCGGUGGAAGACGACGAUGAGGAAGAGUGUGAUGAAGAUGAUUUGCGCAAAGUUGGCUAUAGAAAAGAGUAUGGCAGUCAACAGAAUAAGACGGGCGAGAAUUCUGAAUGGGUGAAUGAAAAUUACGAGUUACCCACGUCGGAAGAGCUAUUCAGUGAUUUGGGUAUUUGGUGGUAGAG